UGUGAGAAAAGCACUUCCGGUCGGUUUAAUUUUCCCCGAAUUCGAUAAUUACAGGAUUUAACCCGUGUUUACCGCGUCCCCGGCCCGCUCUGUGCCCGGCCCGCUCUGCCUCACCCCAAGCUCGGACUCCCGGCACCCCCCGGGCAGCUUCCCGCCAAAACCUGACAGGAUUCCCGCCAAAUUUAAACCACUUCAGGGACUCACCGCGGGAACCUACCGCUCCCGGCCGCCUGCCUCACGCCAGAAGAUGCCUGCUGUGAAGUUGCCAAUGCGAUACGGGCAUCCAGAAGGUCACACCGAUGUCUGUUUCGAUGAUCGUGCUAGCUGUCUGGUGACUUGUGGAAGUGAUGGAGAUAUACGUAUUUGGGAAAGCUUAGAUGACGAUCCCAGAUCAGUGAACGUUGGUGAAAAGGCUUAUUCUUUUGCUUUAAAGAAUGGUAAAGUGGUUACAGCAUUAAACAACAAUGCUAUUCAGCUGCACACUUAUCCGGAUGGUGACCCUGAUGGAAUCCUGACGCGUUUUACUACACAUGCUAAUCACGUAGUGUUCAAUGGGAACGGCACUAAAAUCGCUGCAGGCUCAGGGGAUUUCUUGGUGAAAGUGGUGAAUGUAGAAGACAGCAGUCAGCAAAAAACUAUGCGUGGACAUGAAGCACCUGUGUUAAGUGUUUCGUUUGACCCCAAAGAUGUCUAUGUGGCCUCUGCGAGCUGUGAUGGAUCUGUAAGGGUUUGGAACAUUGCAUAUCAGAGCUGUGAAGCCAACUUACCCCUACUACAGAAAUGUAAUGAUGUGGUCAAUGCUAAGUCCAUUUGCCGCCUGGAGUGGCAGCCGAAGGCUGGGAAGUUACUUGCCAUUCCUGUAGACAAAUCCAUUCAUCUUUAUGAAAGAGACAGCUGGAAGAGUAGCUUGACUUUAUCGGAUGAUUUUAUUACUCAGCCAGUUAAUGUGGUGACUUGGUCUCCCUGUGGGCGUUACCUUAUAGGGGGGAGCAUUGAUGGCUGUAUUGUAGUGUGGAAUGUAGCAACCAAAGCUUGCAUAGAAAGAAUCAAACAUGAGAAGGGUUACACCAUAUGUGCCCUGGCCUGGCACCCAGCACUUCCCCAGGUCGCCUACACUGACACAGAAGGGAACCUGGGCCUUUUACAAAAUGUCUGCCAAGCUGAGGGGAAAUCAACCGUCCCAAAGGUGCCAAGUCCUGCGACUAAGGAUUAUGAUGCUCUUUUUGAUGGAGACGAGGAAGAUUUUCUGAAUGGAGAUAUGAUUGACCAUCAAGGAUCAGCUGGCAUAGAAGAAGAUGAUGAUGAGCCGUUCAUGCCUGUGUCUGGACGCGGGAGACACAGGGGAUUAUUGGAUGAUGAUGACAACGAUAGUUCGCAAGAUGUUCCUUCUUUGAAGCCCGGAGACACAGAAAAGCCUGACGGAGAUGACAAGACAUCCCUUCUUUCGAUUGUUCCUCAAAAGAUUUCUUAUGAUGGCCCCAAGCCGACACCCCCACAGAAGCCUUUCCAGGCAGGAUCUACCCCAUCACAUCUCAUGCACCGCUUCAUGAUGUGGAACUCUGUUGGAGUUAUCCGUUGCUACAAUGACGAACAAGACAAUGCUAUAGAUGUGGAGUUUCAUGAUACCUCAAUACACCAUGCCUUACAUCUCACAAACACACUGAACCAUACUAUCGCAGAUCUAUCCCAAGAGGCUGUGCUGCUGGCAUGUGAGAGCACAGCUGAACUAUCCAGCAAGUUGCAGUGUCUGCAUUUCAGCUCCUGGGACACCAAUAAGGAGUGGAUGGUGGACAUGCCCCCGGGUGAAGACAUUGAAGCAGUAUGCCUUGGGCAGGGCUGGGUGGCAUGUGCUACCAGCGCUCUGCUAAUUCGUGUGUUCUCGGUAGGGGGUGUACAGAGGGAGAUAUUAAGUCUUCUUGGGCCUGUGGUCUGUAUGGCCGCGCAUGGCGACCAGCUCAUGGUGGUUUAUCACCGAGGUACAGGAUUUGAUGGGGAUCAGUGCCUAGGGGUGCAACUAUUAGAACUGGGCACAAAGAAGAGACAGGUCUUGCACGGAGACCCCCUGCCUGUUUCAAGGAAAAGUUUCCUGGUGUGGCUUGGUUUCACAGCAGAAGGCAGCCCGUGUUACGUGGAUUCAGAGGGCAUACUGCGGAUGUUGAAUCGGAGCCUUGGCGAUUUGUGGACACCUGUAUGUAAUACUCGGGAGCACUGCAAAGGGAAAUCUGACCAUUACUGGGUGGUUGGGGUCCAUGAGAACCCACAGCAGCUGCGAUGUAUUCCAUGUAAAGGGGCAAGAUUCCCUCCGACUCUCCCGCGCCCGGCUGUGGCUAUUCUGCCCUUUAAACUUCCUUACUGUCAGACUGCCACAGAGAAAGGACAGAUGGAGGAACAAUAUUGGCGGUCUGUCCUCUUCACUGGUCACUUUGACUACUUGUCUAAAAACGGUUACGAACACGAUGAAAAUGCAAAAGCAGAUGCUGAGAAGGAGCAGCAGGAACUGCUAAUGAAGAUGUUCGCAUUGUCAUGCAAAUUGGAGCGUGAGUUCCGGUGCGUGGAGCUUGCCGAUCUCAUGACUCCGAAUGUGAUGAACCUGGCCAUAAAGUACGCCUCUCGCUCCAAGAGACUAAUACUGGCCCAGCGGCUCAGCGAGAUGGCUCUAGAGAAGGCAGCAGAGUUGGAAUCUGAUCAGCUGGAAGAAGAGGAGGAUUGCCGGAGCAGGCUGAACGCUGGGAGAACUGACUCUGAGUGGGGCAAUCCACAGGCUAAGCAAGUGAUGCCAGAGCAGGAUAAAGAAAUGGAAGAGCAGCAUGAGCCUGAGAAGCCACGUAAAGCAGUAAAUCCUUUCAGCAGCGUGAGUUCCCCAGAGCAGCCUCCUGCGGAGCCUGGUAAAGGUGUAUUCAGCAACAAAGGCAGAGUUAAUCCUUUUCAGGUCUCUGGCAGUCAGAAAAGCCCAGCAGUUCCAGGUAGUUCCUCUGGGUCUGCCCGCUUCUUGGACAGCCUAAAUAAAUUCUCUAGGAAGCCAGCAACUUCAGGAAACCUUGCUGCAUCUAAAUCUGAUUCGAUUGUGAUUAAACCUCUUGCCCCUAAAGCCAAAAGCAAACAGGGUCAGGCGUCUUUAUUUCAGUCUCUUCCAUUGAAACCCAUUUUCAAGAAAUCUGAAGUUAAAGAAAAAUCCCUUUUGAGUUCACAGCCUGUAGAGCCUGAUGCUGGAGAGAGCAAGCAACCCAAAACAGGCUUUCAGCUUUGGCUUGAUGAGAAUCGCCCGAGUAUUUUGUUGGAAAACCCAGAUUUUGAUGAUUCUGAACUAAUAAAAGAUGGUAUGAGCAGAUUUCGGAAUCUUACAAAUGAAGAGCGCACGCUGUGGAUCGAGAAAGCCAAGGGAGGAUCCAGUGGUGAAAAUAUGGUUGAUUUGAAGAAGAGAAAACAGCCAGAACAGGAAAAUCACCAAUUAAAUGGAAACCAGACCAGUGAAGAUCCAGAUGAUGAGUUCAGAGCUGCAAAGAAGUGCAAGCCUUUAAACCAAGUUACAAAUAAACUGUCUGCAUUUGCAUUUAAAAAAGAUUAGGAAGAGAUUGAUUAGUCCCUACAUUUGACAACGUGGAAUUCGUACUGGCUGAUUUCCACCUAUCAAGCAGUUAUAGUACUAUACCCACUAUUAUACCUAUGGCUUCCGCUGGGUCAUCUGGAACAAUCAAUGGGUGGAUUCUAUGGUCAAAGUGGGACCAUUAGCCAGUCGAUUAACCUCUUGAAACGUCUGCUUGCUAUGUGGAGCUGUAAAGACGUUCAUGGUCAAUGUGUUGAACUGUUAAUGUUGACUUUGUGUUCGCUGCUGUAAAUAAAGUUUAUAGUGGGUUUAUAUAGAGAGACUUCCCACAAAGUUGUAACAA